CUCGAUAAAUUAUAAGUUAAGAUAUAAGAAUUCUGCACACACACGGUGGCAUAUACGUACAUACGUAUGUAUGGCACUGUCUAUUUCGCAAACCUGAAUUCGUAUAAUUUUUUAUUGCGAAUCACUAAAAAAACAAUUCACUUCUCUUUAGUCAAGAAAAAGUUUAGCUUAAUUAUAAUUUGAGACACCAAUACUCAUUGUUACAAACUUGACACAUAUUGUACUCCGGAGGAGUGGCUAGUAAUUUACUUCUGUAGUGAAACAAUGCCAAUUAUACCUCCGACCAAUAAAACGCCCAAUCCUCCUUGGGUCCGUCCCCCUUUGCCCCCACUUGGACAACAGCAACAACAGCAGCCGGCUCAACCAGCUCCACCUCCCGCACAAGAUGUGCCAUGGCGCAAGACAAAUUUGAAACCGACGGGACAAAAUAUAAAAUCCCCGUCUGAUCCGUACCAAAUAAAGCAGGAUAAUUUGUCGAAACAACCACCACAACCUCCUCCGGGAACAACUACUCCCAAAAUGAAGACUGCAGAGACAAAUAAGACCCCGAAAAAUAAAAUAUCGAGGAAUGUCAGCGUUACCACAAUUCCAAUACAAAGGGUGCAGAGCAAAGUGGCGAAACCACCCCCACCGCCACCUCCGCCACCCCCUCCACCUCCGAUGGGUCCACUCGCAGGUGCAAAACCAGCAGCCCCAAAACCCCCACAUGUUAUUGCAAGGAUUGAAAAAUUAAAGCGACCUUGCAGGAAAAGGCCGGAUUUAGGCCAGCUCAUGAAGGAGAUUGAGUCUGGGAAGAAAUUGAAACAUGUCGAGUGCAAUGACCGGUCACAACCUAUUAUUCCAAAGAUGAAGAAAGCAUCAGGGCAGUUUGUUUUCGACUCGGAGGCGAAACCAGCUAACCGAGCGGAUGCAGUGCAUCAUAAAUUGCUGAACGAAAUUCAAGGCGGUGUUAAAUUAAAGAAGGUGCAGUGCAACGAUAGAAGCAAGCCGAUACUCUCGGGGCUAAAAACCGUUCAACGAGAGGUAGACAGCAGCUCGAGUCAAUCUGCAUCACCUGCCCAAGAAGAACUAACAUUCGUUGAUGACAUCGACAUUCUCCGUGAUCACCUUCAAUCAACGAAACAAAUGCUGGAACUAGAACUGCAAAAUAAAUCCGACACAGAAAAGAAAAAUCGUGACCAGAGAUGUCAAAUAAUUGCAAUGGAAGCUGAAAUUAACACAUUAAAAGCCCAGCUCGGUUUAGUAUCGCAAGACGACGUUUCCAUGAUAUCAAAAGAGCAAAGCAAAGGGUUAAGAAAAUCAGGAUCCGGCCUCUGGAAAUCACCCUCCAUUGUUGGAAUAAAGAAAUCAAAGUCUGGUUUCAACAGCGAGAAUGCGAAAAAAGUGCAAGAGUGUCAAGAAGCGGAAGAAUUACAAGAACAAGUACAACAGUUGACAAAACAAGUCGAAAAAUCAGGGAAGGAAAGCGAAAAGUGGGAGAAUAAAUUUAAAGAUGUUGUCAACAAGCUAAUGUCUGCAGAAGCAACAAUUCAUGACCUGGAAAACAAACAACGCGUCCUGGAGAAGAAAUUAAUCGAAGCAGACAAAAAAGCUGCCGCAGGUCAAGUUUGUGCCACAUGCAAGCAGAAGAUGACUGUUUCGCCGUCAGAUCAAAACAAUAAACCUGCUCCUCAACAAGUUAAUGAGGAGGAGGAAGAAGAGGAGGAAGAAGACUCUGAAGAGGAGGACGAAGAAGACGAGGUCGUUAAUGAAGAAACAAUUCAAGAAAAGAAGGAAGAAAGGGAAAUUAAACUAUGGGAAAACAAAUUACGAAGCGUAAAAGAAAAGCAAAAUGCGAGCAAACAAGAGCGAAAAACUUUAAAAAUCACUCAAAAGAAAUUAGAAAAGGAUUUAAAAGAUGCGAAGGAAAAGCAUAAAAAGUUGCAAAACGACUUGAACUCCAUGGCGUGCGCAUCCGUCAUAUGGAAAGGCGGCGCCCCAGCGGGAAACGAGGAGGACGACGAAGAGGAAGAAGACGAGGAGGAGGAGGACACCGAAACCGAGGAGUCGGACACGGAAGACGAUGACGACGAAGACGGCUCAACGUCCGAGGAAGACGAUGCCGACAACAGUCAUGAAGAAAGGUUGCGCGUGUACGGACAACGGGUCAAAAGGCGGGAAAAUGUCUUAGGCGCCCUGAAAAAGGGGAAUUAUCUCCUGUCCGCAAAUAUUGACAGGUUACGGGAAGCAAUGCAGGAGGAAAAAAUUAAGUAUCAAGAGCUGGAAGAGGAACUCUCGUCUUUGGCGGAUGUGUAAAGCUAAUCUACAUAAAUUUUGCAUGGAUAUAAAUAUGUAUGUACAUAUGUACUUGUAUGUUGUAUGGGUAAAAUUUGUAAUUGUAACGUCUUCGAACUGGUAACUCGCGAUGAAAAAGUUUCAUACUAAUACAUACCUGAAAAAUCUUGGAAAAGAAUAUUAUUAUGUGUAAGCACUGAAUAAACUAACAAAGUGAUAAGUACAUAAAUACA